AUGGCCAAUAUAUCAAGAACCUGCCAGAGUUGCGCAAGCUCGAAGGUUCGCUGUAUUCGAAAUGCAGCAAACCCGCACGUCUGUAACCGAUGCCUCCGUCUCGGUCGGCAAUGUCUUUAUCGGCAAACAGGACGCCGAUUCCAUGGCUUUCAAAAGGACCGGAAGAUCGAGGCUCUUGAGGCUCAAGUCCAGGAGCUAUUGACCGAUCGUGCCACGUCAGCAGACACCUCCCAAGUUCCAUCAGAAGAAGAGGUCAUUUCACGAGGUGCCUCGGUCGCCUCGGAUGACGGUGAAAAGGAUGUCGUAGAUCGAGGAUACCUCAGCGUCGAGACAGCGCAGACUUAUUUGAUCGUCUUUCAGACCGUGAUGACUCCGCAUUUCCCUUUCGUGAUCAUCCCGCCAGAUGUAUCGGUGCACCACCUGCGCCUGGACAAACCAUUCUUGUUCCUGGCCAUUCUUGCUGCUGCUUCCUAUGAAAAUAUGCCGCUGCAGCGAUCUCUCGGAGCCGAAGUCAAAAAAGCCGUUUCUGCUCGCAUGAUCCUAAAUGGAGAGGUCUCAUUUGACAUGUUGCAAGGGCUGUUGGUGUACUUGGCAUGGUCCCAUUACCAUACAAAGCCACAUCGCUACACACAGUAUCUCCAAUUGGCGAUAAGUGUCGCUAUCGAUCUACGGCUGGACCGAGCACCACAGGGUAAAACAUGGAAAACGAAACUCCAGUUUCGAGCCGACGAGCCUACAAAUCAAUCUACUUAUGACCUGCCAUUACGGAGCAAUGAUGAAAGGAGAGCUGUCAUAGGAUGUUUCUUCCUUUCAUCUUCGAUCGCCGUUCUCCUUCAAAAACAUUCCUCUUUCCCUUACAUUCCAUACAUUGAAGAUUGCAGUCAGUUUCUUUUCAACGCGAACGAAUAUCCUCACGAUCGAUACGUAAUGCACAUUGUGCAGUUACAGCAUAUUGCGGAGAAAAUAGACCGACUGUCCGCAGAUCAUGGAGACGAACUAUCCAGACCAGGAUCUGGAGCAGAGCUCUACGUGAAGGGUGUGAAAGACGACUUAUCAACCUUCCAAAAACGAUUAGCGUUCAAUAUUUAUGACUCUCCCCUUCUUGCACUUCACUUUCAAUCAACCAGUCUCUGUCUCUACCAACUAGCCCUCAGCUUGGCAAAUCAACAACCCCGUUCGGCAUUUCAAGCUGCCCUUUCUCAAUCCUGGCGCGACGAAUUAUCGAACGCUGCCGUCAAUGCGGUAGAAUCAAUUCAUAGUCUCUACCUUUCGCUCCCGCCAGCAUCAGAACUUGGCUUUACCAACGCGGAAUGGGUACAGAUAGGCUUCGCCAUGCUCAUCGGAUACCGCAUCACGGCCGAAUCUCUAAUCCCUGAAAGAAAAGAGGCAUAUCUUCAAACCCUAGCUUCGCUUCGGCAGCGUGUUGGAGCCUUGUCAACGCCCAAUGUCGACCACAAUGGGGAUCGGGAUGUCUUUGUGGAUUUUCGAAAGCGGAUCGUUCAGAUACAGACUCGACUUGAUGGGGGUCAAAAGCAUGAUACGCCCAGUAGUGACUUCCACUUUGAGGGUCCCAUCGACGGAACUCAAUUUGUUGAACCGGUAUUCACGCUUCAAGAUGCCGAUUCGGGAGAGUGGACUGACUUGCCACAAGGCAUGCUUGGGUUUACGGAGGAUAGUGGGUUGCCAGACGAUUUUCUUCUCACUACUUCUGUUGAGCAAGUUAUGAGUAAUUGGCUAUAA